GUGUGUGUUGUGUGAUGACACACAGAGAAAAACUUUGUUUUAAAAUAAUUGUUUAUUUAUUUUAUUAUGUGAAUGUGAUGAGUCGAACGGGGUCACGAAAUCCUUAAAUUUUAUUUCGAAUAUAGGUACAUGAAAGUAGAUGAAAUUUUAGUGAUCUGAAUUUUGUAAAUAUAGAUUAUUUAUGGUUUCUUGUGAAUUGUCAACAAGAGGAAGACUGCAGUUGUUAAUCAGAUAAAAUUGAAAGUAUGCAACAGUUCCCCAAUGUAUUCAAUGAAAUUCAGUAAAAGACUCAUGAACAUGUUCAUACAAAUACACUACUUCAGAUGAUUAUUACUUUCCUAUUGACUUGGAGCCCUUGGAAUUCUUGAAUAUGAGUCAUACAAGUGAACAGAAUCCCCUUUCACAACCUCUUAGGGUUGAAACAGAUGACACUGUUCAUCCAGAUGAAGAAAAUUACUUUGAAGAAGAGAGAAAUAGUUUCAACCAUGCAAAUAAUAAUGACAUCACUGAUUCUUUGGGACCUCUCCCAGCUAAGUGGGAAAAAGCAUAUACUGAAAGUGGAGAGGUAUACUUCAUUGAUCACUCAACUGGAACGUCACACUGGCUGGAUCCAAGACUCUCAAAGUUCCAGAAGAAAACCUUGGAAGAUUGUCUGGAUGACGAGCUUCCAUACGGCUGGGAGAAAAUAAGUGACCCACACUACGGCACUUAUUUCAUUGACCAUGUCAACCGUCGAACCCAGUAUGAAAACCCUGUAAUUCAGGCCAAAAGGGCAGCAUCCCAAGCAUCUGCCAGAGUGAGUCGAACCUCAUUCACUAAAGACCCAUCUGAGCUAUGUGGGCAGCGGUUCAAAACUUCACUUGUCAAGUCUUCUCGUGGCUUGGGGUUUACGAUAGUUGGCGGCGAUGAUGGAGUUGAUGAGUUUCUGCAAAUCAAGUCAGUUGUUCCGAAAGGUCCAGCUUGGCUUGACGGCCAGUUACAGAUGGGAGAUGUGAUCGUUUUUGUCAAUGACACUUGCGUACUAGGUUACACUCACAAUCAAAUCGUUAGGCUAUUUCAGUCUAUAAGUGUUGGCUCCACAGUUGCUUUAGAAGUUUGCCGCGGAUAUCCCUUGCCAUUCGACCCGAAUGACCCCAAUACAGAAGUGGUCACUACUAUUGCUGUUGACAGCCAUCUGCAAGCAGUGAGUGAUGACAAAUGUUUAGUAGACACCAACUAUAAUUUCCUAGACGCAGAAGAUACAAAUGAUAAGUCUGUGCUGGAACCGAAUAACGAUAUAGAUGAUAUUAUUAAAAGUAUAGGAGGAAUAUCUAUGGGCAAAGUUGAAGUGAGAGUACGCAUAGUCAAGGGUAAUUUAGGUUUUGGAUUCACUAUUGCGGAUAGUGCUUGCGGCCAGAGAGUUAAAAAAAUUCUUGACCACCAAAGAUGUAAAAACCUUAUGGAAGAUGAUAUACUAUUAGAAAUAAACGGAAUUUCUCUACUGAAUAUGUCUCAUGAUGAAGUGGUACAGGUACUGAAAGAUUGCCCCUACAAUAGUGAAGCAAAUAUAUGUGUCCAAAGAGGAUGCCCAAAUAAGACGCCAAAUAUUAGAAAUAAGCCUAGGAAAUUAGAUUUAAGGUUCAGUGGAAAGGAUACAGGUAGUGCUUAUCGAAGCAAAACGCCUACUGCAGAUAUUUAUAGUACUCAGCCUCGAGAAGUACUACCUACAAGGCCGAAAACACCAUUGAUCGAUACCAGAAGUCUUUCAAAAACUCCUGUCAAAGAUAUUAAUUCGAAUUCAAACAAUGAACUCUUCAAACACGAAUUUUCUAAUGAAAAUGUUGGUGCUGAUAGAUCUCGAUUGCGUUUGUCUUUGAUAGAUAAUCCAGAUGAGGAAGAUAUUGAUGAAAUUGAUAUAGCAAAUAAUCAAAAUAAACCUCCACGUGAAUUUCCCCCUCAAAUGGAUAUGAAAUAUGGGUUGUAUAUGCCGAUUCCACAUCGAUACGACUGUUCUUGUGUUUAUUGCACGAAUCCGAGGACAGGUGCCUUGGAGUCUAUUGAUCCAUACGAGAAUGUGAAAAAAUAUAAUGGAAAUGAUUGGUGGUACCAGUCUCAAAAUAAUGUGGAAUAUCUCACUACCGCCGUCACUUUGAACAGGCAUGACACUGGGUUUGGCUUCAGAAUUAUUGGUGGAAUAGAGGAUAAAUCUCAGGUGGCCGUGGGCCACAUCGUAGCAGGUGGCGCAGCAGACCUCGACGGCAGGAUAAGAUCGGGCGACGAAAUAGUCAGCGUCGAGGGUUAUUCGGUGCUGAAGGCCUCGCACCGGCAAGUCGUCCAGCUGAUCAACGCCGCCGCCGCCAGAGGUCAGGUCAGCCUGAUCUUGAGGCGGAGAGUGCACCCGCCUCCCCUGCCGAUGAACUCCGCGUUCUGGCCGCAGGACAAUCUAGCGCAGAUGAACAACGUCGGCGCCCCGCUCGUCGUGGCCAAUCCGCAUCCCGGGCCGGCUUAUGACGUCACCGUGCAGAGGACCGAGAACGAGGGGUUCGGGUUCGUUAUCAUUUCCUCUGCCAAUAAGAUCGGAUCCACUAUCGGCCGAUUGAUUGAAGACAGUCCAGCAGAAAGGUGCGGUAAGUUGAGAGUAGGAGACUACAUUGUAGCUGUAAACCAUAUAGACAUAAUGCAUUUGAGUCACGGUGAUAUUGUUAACUUGAUCAAAGAGUCUGGCUUAUCAGUUACUUUAACGAUAGCUCCUAAUCCAGAUCUGUGAUUGAAAUUCAAUUGGCCGAAACUCAAAAUAUCAUUCUCAGUUGGUAGGAAGAAAUCCAGGUUUUUCAAAUGUUUCAGAAAGUGAUGGUUGGGUUUUCGAAUCUGUGGGUCCUAAGGCCAUGUGAUCAAAUAAAAAGCACCUGUGAUUCAGAGAUGAACAUUCAUGUGCCUUUAAGAAAACGAAGUAGGUUUGGGUUUUUAUUUCUCUUUAUGUCAGCUGUAAAUCCACACUGAAAAUUUGAGAUCAGUUGAACUAUAUAUUAUUAUUUUAAAAUUAUUUUUGUUGACGAUAUGUCGUUUUCUAAAUAUUGUUCAUUCCUCCAAUAUUUCCGAUAUUCAUUUAAUCAUUUGAAAGUCCAACAAAACAGCAACAAUUCUUAUUCUAAAUUCUACUUAUAUUUAAAAACGACCAAAGAUCUCGAUAAUAAAAAUAAGUCCUUAAUUGUUUUUGUUAUUCAACUUCAUUUCGUGAUUUCAAAUUUUAAUAAUUUUAAUGAUGGAGUAUUGUAAUCAUCAUAUGCAUGGUCUUACAAAAACGUUUGAAUGGGCAAAUAUGAAGUAUUUUUUAUGGGCAUUCAGAAUUCAAUACUAGGAAAUGCAGAAAAGCAUCGAAAACCCAAAAACUUUUACAUGAACAAGUAUUGUUUAAAUGGAACACCCUGUAUUUUAUUAUCCUUAUCGAUAGAGCUCUUACGAUUUCAAAUAUGCGGUCGAUUCGAUGUAAAGUUUUCGAAAAAUAAAGAUUUUUUCGUAUAAAGCCUUUUACUGCAGCCUUAGAUUCAUACGGAACAUUCUAUAUUUUUCGAAAACUGACAUAGAUAAUCAUAAUCAGGUGGAUAUAUUUUAAAUCAGAAGAAUGAGCUUUACCUAUUAGGAAAAUGAAAAAGAGGGUGUUCCGUUUAAAAAUUAGCAGUUUAUGUAACAUUUUUAGGUUCACGAUGAUUUUCUGCAUUUCCUAGUAGGUACUGAAUUCUGAAUAGCCACAAAGCAUACUUCAUAUUUGCUCAUUUUAACGUUUUUGUAUGAACAAUCUUAUCUGAGAUAAGCAUUGAGUUAAAUAUGUUUAUGUAGUCAUGAUUCGUUCGAUAAUCCGAAAAAUUCUAUAUUUUAUUUCUUGAAAUCGCAUAUUUUCUCAUAUAUAAUACUUCUCUCAACACAUUGGAUUUUGGAGUCAGGGGCCGAGCUCUCUGGAGCCCUCAAUUCAGUUAGACCGCUUAGGUGGGUCCAUUAUGUAUCAUGGUAUCCUGAAGAAAAUUUGUAUGAUUUUCAUCCAAUUGCGGAUAGGAAGAUAUUCCAAAAACGUUUACAGAUGUAGUGCCAAUGUAUCAUUAUGUGACUGGCUUUUCAAAAGAAACACAUUUUUUGAGGCGGAAAGUAUCGUUGUAACUGUAGGUCGAUAAAAACAUCUGAGAUCAACAACCGCAAGUAAAAAAUACAGGUACUUCGCCUGAGCAAAAGACCAUCAAAACUACUGUUGUUGUUCUAAAAUUGUUCUUAUCCAUCAUUCGGUUGCCCCCUCACGAGCAACCCUCAGAAGUCUUCAAGAGACUUGUGCGAGCAAGGAAUGACGGUGGUCUUACCUUUUAACGUGUGAUAAACACUUUCUUAGGCCAUCAGAAAAAUUUUUGCGGUCGUGGUGGGAAUCGAACCCACCUACCGGCAAUCCAACGUAGAUAGAACAUUGACGCUUUAACCACGAGGCUAUGCUGGCCUAGAUGAUAAGCCCGUUACUGGUGGAAUAGGAAAUGAUGGAAAUCUAUAUUCACAGGUGCUUUUCAGAUCUUUCACCUCUUAAUUUUUAAUUACUUUUUUUUCAAUAAUCGCGGUCAACAACGAAAUUGCUACUCUGUUAACUUUGAAAUGGCAAACAGAAAAUUUGUGAUAAACUACUGAGACACCAAAAGUUACUUGGCAAACUGAAGGAAAGAGUUUUGUCCAAUAGAAAUGUCAAACGAAUCAUUUUUAAAUAAAAAAACUUGGAUUUUUUUCUAAAUCAUCUACUGAGAGAGACUGUGAACAAACACUUUGUUACUUGUGAGAUCUCUUGAUAAUUAUUGCUUAUUUUAUAAUUUCAAUUGGAGCCUUUUGAAUCUGUAAGAUUUUCAUGUGCGUAGUUGUUAUGUUGAUAAACCUUAUAUAAAUGAUAUGACAAUAUACAAUAUAUCUUUCAAAAGAUUGUUGAGAAUUUCGUUAACACUAUAUUGGGUAUUCCAUCCGAAAAAUGUUUUGAUCUCAAAACCACGAGAUGAAAAUUUGCUCAUCAUGAUAAUACAGUGAGACCAAAGUUAUUUGUAUUGAAUUAAUUUUUGCAGGGCUAUUCAAAUGAAACUUGAGGAGCCAUAUAAUCGGGAGACUGAAUCAUUUGAUUCCAGGGAAAAGUAAAACAUUUUGGUUUUUGCAUAUCUUGAUACAAAUCCAACUAGUCUAUGCAAUCACUUUUGAUAUUAAGAGUAAUCACUGCCAAAUGAGUAUUUUGAUAAUGGAUAUAAUAUGGGAUUUAUGCUAUUAACAGACUGAUGAAUAUGAAAGACAUUAUCAAAAAGUUACUAAGCAUUCAUUUAUUUAUAGUCAUCGGUUCUGAGAAUGCAUAAAAUAAAUGAGGUUCGUGAAAAAAAAAAUCUUCAAUGGUAGAGAAUGUUUACAAAUUUGAAAUUUUGGUUGCACAAUGGAUUCUUGUGGAAGAUUAAAAAAAAAACUAACAAAAAUUUAAUUUGGUAACGGGUUUUCCGUAGGCUACUAUUUUUUUAUUAUAGCUUCAUAAAUACAUUUCAUUCUCCAGAUAUGACUACUUCAAGUUUCUAUGGAUGGUUCAUUAUGGAUUUUAAUCAACAUGUUUUAAUUAUGAAAAUUGGCUCAAUUGAAUAGAAACUUAAUCAAUGUUAUGUUUUUAUAUUAGAUAUAACUCAGUAUAUAAUCCCAACAAUGUAAUUUUUAUUGCAAUAAUUUUGUUAAUUAUGUUUGUACACACCCAAAUAAUUCAUUUUUUUACAGUAAUAACAGAUUCGAAUACUAAUCAUUAUAUUCAACCCUUUUCUUCUGUGAAUUCAUGAAUAAAUACCGAUUCUAUUAUUAUACACCAUGCUCAAGAAGUACAUGAGGCGUUAGAAUUCUAAGCAUUGGUAUCUCGUAAACCGUGAGCGAUAGAAAGUGGGGAGAAUGUUGAGGAAUCGAUAAUACUCCACCUGAGAAUGGUGAGACAUUUUAGGCCUGUUCGUUUGUGUUUGCUCUACCUGCUAAACUUGAUUUUUUUCUAUGACUGUUCAUAUCAUGCCAUGAAUAGAGACAACUAUGGACACACAAUCAACUUUAGCACGUUUAUCAUCACAAACGAACAUACCUUUUGUGUUAUUGUAUUGGCCCAACUACUGUCAAAUUCAGUUUGACCUGCCAAGAUUAGUCGUUUCCUGAUUCGAAGAAGGUAGGAGUCCAAGAAGUUGUUUUAUUUCUGAUUUUUAAAAAUGGAUUGAAAGUAUGGAGAGAUUCGACUUUUGGCCACGGUAGGACAAACAUGGCGUCUCCAGGCCAAAAGUCAGGUUAAUGUGUUAGCAAGUCCAAAAUUUUCUAAUUACCUGAUCUGGAUUGAAAUCCAAUAUUUAAUGUGAAGUUUAUCUCUACGCCGGUAUAGAGGCCGGAUGAUGACGGAUUCAUCGGAUAAGGGGGCCAUACUUGAAGUCGAACGUGCUCCAUUAUUUCUACACCGGUAACCAGGCCGGAUCAGCAACGGAUUUGCUGGAUAAGAGUAGUACAUACGAUCGAAUCUUAUGAACACUGAUGACUCGGCUUCAGGCCAUUGUGAUAGACAAUCGGUGUCUUAUGUGGCGAGUCGAGUGAUAAUAUUAUUACAUAACCAAUUAUUUAUUCUUGAAAAAAUCAAUUACCUGAUCUGGAGAAAUAGUUACUGAAAGGAGACAGAAAUCCAAUAAACCC